AUGUUUUCAUCUGGCAUGCAGCGAUCCAAGAGUCGGUGGCUGGAUGCGGCCAGGGUGCUGACGCGGCACCACUGCCAGCGUGGCUAUGCUGGAGCCGCUUACCCCGUUACAAGCACACCUCAUACAUCUCCAACCCAAAUUGAUAUUCGCGAAGCGGAAGGUGCCGGGCCGGCAGAAAUUGGAUCGGAAUUGUCCGGAUGGGGGAAGAAGGCGAGGACGGUGGGAGGAGGGCAACCUGACAUUGGAAUUGCCGGGGACCUUGGGAUUGCCGCGGCGCCGUACCAGCUCGGGGGAAGGCGGUGGUAUUCUGCUUUUCGUGGGAUGGAGGCGGCUGUGAUCAGCGGGCCAGAUUAUGCUGAUUCGCGACAGGUGCACAUGCCACGUCACAGCUCCGUCUUAUCCCGACACCUCUCCUCCACGACCCCUCCUCCUGAAGAACCCAAGCCGAAGAACUACGAGCACUACUACCCCAAGAGGAAGGCGCAGGAGGAGGGACGCCCCGCCGCCGCUGCUCAGACUCCAGGCGAGAAACCUCAAAGCAGCGGGCCCCAGCAGGAAGCAGCAACAGCAGGCGGAGCAGGAGGCGCAGGAGGAGGGGGGGAGGGGGAUGGCAAGAAGGCAGACAGCAGCAGCGGCGGCAGCGAGGAAAGCAACAAGAAAGGGCAGAACUUCUGGGACGAGGCGUUUCCCAAGGACUUCCAGAACAGCCUCUACCCGCUGCUGUCCGCGGCGUUUUUCCUCUCGCUCACGUCGAUGCUAACGAGUGAUGCGAGCAGCGAGGCAGUGGAAAUCAGCUUCCAGGAGUUCAAGAACGAGUUAUUGGAGAAGGGGCUCGUAGCCAAGGUGGAGAUUGUCAACCGCUCCAAGGCCAAGGUUUAUGUGUAUACUAAUCGUCGCCCUGGUGCUGGUGCUGGUGCUGGUGCUGCUGCUGGUGCUGGUGCUGCUGCUGGUGCGAGGGGUAAGGGGAGUGCUGGUGACGGUGUUGGGGAGGGCUAUGACGGGGAUGGAGAUGUGGAGCAGAUGGCAGCGUACCGGUACUACUUCCAGAUUGGCAGCGUUGACUCGUUUGAACGCAAGCUGGACGAGGCCCAGAACGCCAUGGGCAUUGACGGGCAUAGCAGGAUCCCGGUGACCUAUGCCUCUGAGGUGAGCUGGCAGCAGGAGCUGCUGCGUCUUCUUCCCACGGCGCUCAUCAUCGCCGCGUGGAUCUACUUCAGCCGCGGCCUGCAGUCCGGCUUCGGCAUGGGUGGCAUGGGUGGCCCGGGCGGUGCGGGCGGGGCCAAGGGCAUCUUCAACGUGGGCAAGGCAGCGGUGACAAAAAUGGACAAGCACAGCAAGAACAAGGUCUAUUUCCGAGACGUCGCAGGCGCUCGGGGCGAAGAUCCCGAGGGGGCGCUGCUGGUGGGCCCGCCAGGCACGGGGAAGACGCUGCUGGCCAAGGCAACGGCGGGGGAGGCGGAUGUGCCGUUCCUGUCCAUCUCUGGAUCGGAUUUCAUGGAGAUGUUUGUCGGCGUGGGGCCGUCCCGCGUGAGGGACCUCUUUGCUCAAGCUCGCGCCUGCAGCCCGAGCAUUAUAUUCAUUGAUGAGAUUGAUGCGGUUGGCAGGGCCAGGGGCCGCGGGGGGUUUGCUGGGGGGAACGACGAGCGGGAGAACACGUUGAAUCAGCUGCUGGUGGAAAUGGAUGGGUUCACUACUACCUCGGGGGUUGUGGUUCUUGCUGGGACGAAUCGGCCGGAUAUUCUUGACCCCGCGCUGCUGAGACCGGGCCGUUUUGACCGUCAGAUCACGAUUGAUCGCCCGGACAUCAAGGGCCGGGAGCAGAUCUUCCGGAUUUACCUGAGCCGGGUGCGGCUGGAUAAGGAGGUGGAGUUUUACUCGCAGCGGAUGGCGGCGCUGACGCCGGGGUUUGCGGGCGCGGACAUUGCGAAUGUGGUGAACGAGGCGGCGCUGAUGGCGGCGCGGAAUGAUCGGGAGGUGAUCCUGAUGCAGGACUUUGAAGCGGCGGUGGACCGCGUGAUUGGCGGGCUGGAGAAGAAGGGCAAGGUCAUAAGCGCCACGGAACGCCGCACAGUGGCCUACCACGAGGCGGGGCACGCGGUGGUGGCGUGGUUCCUGGAGCACACGGAGCCGCUGCUCAAGGUGUCCAUCGUGCCACGUGGCACCGCGGCAUUGGGCUUCGCACAGUACCUGCCGAAUGAGAACCUGCUGAUGACCAAGGAGCAGCUCAUCGACAUGACGUGCAUGGCGCUUGGAGGGAGGGCGGCGGAGCAGGUGCUACUGGGUAGUGUGUCAACAGGAGCACAGAACGACUUGGAGCGAGUGACCAAGACGACCUACAACCGCGUUGCCGUCUACGGCUUCAGCGACAAGCUGGGCCUGCUCUCCUUCCCCAAGGCCACCAACAGCGAGGGCCUCGAGGGCCUCUCCAAGCCCUACAGCAACGAGACGGCCGAUCUGAUCGACACCGAGGUGCGCGAGGCGGUGGACUCGGCGUACAGAAGGACUCUCGAGCUGAUGGAGAAGCACCGGGAAGGGGUGGCGGCGGUGGCAGAGGAGUUGCUGGUGAAGGAGGUGCUGCAUCAGGAGGAUCUGGUGCGGCUGUUGGGGCCAAGGCCGUUCCAGAGUGCGGAGAUGAGCAACUAUGAGCGUCAAGUGCACAUCACAUUUCCUGGAACGGGCGUCAUCAUUGUCGUCGUUGUGUGA